UUAAAGAUAAGAAUGAUGUAACAAAAAUAUUUGCCCACAUGCAAGUUCCUUUUUGGACUAAAACUCUGCAAUAAAAGUUUUUGUGUGGGAAAAUUUUAUACAGCACACUUUAUUUAUUUAUCCACAAAGAUCUAAUGCUUGAUAGCUUUUUUUAGCAUGAGAUGGGAUCAAAUGUUGCCAUAAUCUGUUGUAUCAUAACAUUAUUGUUUUGCUUGUGUUGUGAUGCUGAAGAAGUGAAGCUGAGAGUGAAAGCAUCAAAAGCUAUAGCAAAAACUGAUGAAGAUUUCAUCUGUGCUACUCUUGAUUGGUGGCCUGAGACCAAAUGCAACUACAAUCAGUGCCCUUGGGGAAAAUCAGGCAUUCUCAAUCUGGAUUUGAACAACAAGAUUCUUGCAAAUGCCAUAAAAGCAUUUAGGCCUCUGAGGAUUAGGAUAGGAGGUUCUUUGCAAGAUCAGGUUGUGUACGAUGUUGGGACAUUUGUUAGAAAAUGCCCUCAUUUCAAGAGAUUGGAUGAUGGAUUGUUUGGAUUCUCAAAAGGGUGUCUGCCUAUGGAGAGAUGGGAUCAAAUCAACAAGUUCUUUGAUGAAAUGGGGGCUAGGAUGACAUUCGGGUUGAAUGCUUUGGUGGGGAGGAGGAAGGGCGGGAGAGGAGGCGAUGAUGGACUCAUGGUAGGCGAAUGGAACCCGAGAAACGCGUAUGAUUUGAUCAACUACACGGCCUCGAAAGGGUACAAGAUUGAUUCAUAUGAACUAGGGAACGAGCUGUGUGGGAGCGGGGUGGCUGCAAGAGUCGAGGCGUGGCAGUAUGCAAGGGACAUUGUAGCACUCAAGAAACUAGUUGCUGAGUUUUACCCCAAUCCUGCCACAAGGCCAAAGGUCCUAGGCCCUGCAGGAUUCUACGACAAGGAGUGGUUCGACACGUUUCUUGACAAAUCGGGGCCUAAUGUUGUUGAUGGUGUCACACACCACAUCUACAACCUUGGUGCAGGUGUUGAUCCCACCCUCAUCAAGAAAGUCCAAGAUCCCAGCUUUCUUGAUCAGAUAGCAGAGACGUACAGGGGUGUGGCUGCCAGCAUCGAGGUGCACGGGCCGUGGGCAGGGGCGUGGGUCGGGGAGGCCGGUGGCGCUUACAACAGUGGUGGCAGAUAUGUCUCACACUCCUUUGUUGAUGGAUUCUGGUAUUUGGAUCAGUUGGGAAUGACAGCAACAUUCAACCAUAAGGUUUUCUGCAGACAAUCCUUAAUAGGAGGGAACUAUGGCUUACUCAACACGCACACAUUCAUCCCAAAUCCAGAUUACUAUGGGGCUCUCUUGUGGCAUCGGUUGAUGGGGACGAGCGUGCUCUCGGCAUCCCACACGAGCUCCUCCUACCUGCGCGCGUACUCACAUUGCUCGAAGAAUACUACAGGCAUUGCAGUUCUUCUGAUCAACAUGUCCAAUUCAACAACCUUUGAGGUUUUGGUUGAGGAUGAUGAUGCAAAUUUGUAUGAUCAAGAACAAGAUGAUGCAGGUGUGUAUGGGAGAGAAGAGUAUCAUCUGACCCCUAAAGAUGGCAAUAUUUUGAGUGAUGUUUUGCUUCUCAAUGGAGUCCCGUUGAAGCUGACUGGAGGUUACGGUAUACCGGCAAUGGAUCCGCUUGUCGUUGGUGGUGCGUCGCCCGUGAAAAUCGCGCCUCGUUCAAUAGUUUUCGCACGACUGAAAGGCUUCAAGGCCGCAGCUUGUGCUUAGAGUUUGUUUCUUCUAUUUAACUGAGUUAUCUGUCGCCAAUUUCAAUAGUUCCGUCGCUAAAAAUUUAUCGGCGACGAACAUUUUGCGAUUCUGUAUCUUUUGUCGCUAAGAGAUUUAGCGACAGAUUUAAUUUGUUACGAACUUUUGCAACGGAAUGGCAACGGAAAAUGUCUAUCUUUUUUAAU